AUUGCACCAACCAAAGAAGUCUCCAUUUGUCCCACGAACCAAACCAUGUCUAACAUAUCAUCAUCACUUCCCGUUUCAACCAAUGAUGCAAAACCCAACCCAAACUUCACUCGUCGCACCGCAAAUUAUCACCCUAAUGUUUGGGGGGAUUACUUCCUUUCCUAUGAUACUAGUUUCGAGGAAACAAAUGACCAAAACAAACAAUUUCAACUAUUAAAAGAGGGUUUAAGGAAGGUUCUUGUCUCAUCUACUAGUAAAAAUUUCUCUUUUACGUUAAACUUUUUAGACUCGAUCCAACGCACAGGUGUUUCAUACCAUUUUCAACAUGAAAUUGAUGGAGUGUUGCUUGAAAUAUAUGAGAUUUCAACAAAGGACAAUAAUAUCAUAGUUCUUGAAGAUGAUCUUCAUCAAUUGGCUUUACUUUUUCGGUUGCUUAGACAACAAGGAUAUCGCAUUUUACCAAAUAUAUUUUAUAAAUUCAAGGACCAAACUGGAAAGUUCAAUGAAAGGCUAGCCAAUGAUAUACAAGGAAUGAUGAGCUUGUAUGAAGCAUCCCAACUAAGAAUUCAUGGAGAAGAGAUACUUGAAGAAGCAUAUAAAUUCACUCAUGUUCAGUUAACCAAGUCCUUAACCACCCAAUUAAGCCCUUUUCUUGCUACACAAGUGAACCACAUCUUAGGCCAAGCACUUCAUAAGGGAAUACCUAGGUUGGAGGCAAGACAUUAUAUCUCUUUCUAUGAAGAAGAUCCUUCCCGUGAUGAAAAUUUGCUAACCUUUGCAAAAUUAGAUUUUAAUAUGCUGCAAAAGCUACAUCGAAAAGAACUCAGUAAUGUGACCAAGUGGUGGAUUAAGGAUUUAAAUGUCCCAACAAAAUUGCCUUUCGUACGAGAUAGGAUUGUAGAAGGUUGCAUUUGGACUUUGGGAGUCUACUUUGAGCCACAAUAUUCUCUUGCUAGAAAGAUAAUCAUAAAAAUAGGUUCUAUAAUUGCCAUCAUUGAUGACUUGUAUGAUGCCUAUGGAACCAUUGAUGAACUUGAGGUUUUCACCAAUGCAAUUGAGAGGUGGGAUAUAUGUUGUUUGGCUGAUCUCCCAGAAUACAUGAAAUUUUGUUAUACAACAAUUUUGGAUGUUUUUGAAGAAAUAGAGAAAGAGAUGAAAAAUCAAGGAAAAGCAUACUACAUCGAGUAUGCUAAGAAAGAAAUGAAAAGGCUGGUACAGGCUCAAAUGACUGAGGCAAGAUGGCUUCAUUGUAACCAUACACCAACCAUAAAUGAAUACAUGCAAGUUGCAACUGUAUCAAUCGGUUAUCCUGUGUUGAUAAUCAUAUCUUUCAUUGGCAUAGAAGACACAACAGAGGAGAUCCUUAUAUGGGCAACAAGUCACCCAAACAUUGUUAUAGCUGCUAUAACUAUUAGUAGGCUCAUGGAUGACAUUGCUGGAAAUGAGAUAGUUGUUGUUUCAUCCAUAGUAUUUGUGCACAACAACUUCCAGCAGCAAUAUAUUCUGCUUCAGCAGUAG